GCUCCACAGAUAGCCAAUCAAGUUAGAGCGGAGGAAACCGGUUGAGCCACAAUGGUGAUGUUUUCUUCCCGUGACAGUCCGGUGCCUGGCAGGUGAUUAACACAGAGGGAAGCUCCUCCUCAGCCUGCUACGUUACGACACAAACCUGGACAACUGUGUAUUCAGACAAGGACAUAAACUAUCAAAAUGGAUACCUCAAACCUUCCUAAGAUCCAGGAUGAGGAGCGAGAAAGCCAGUUUGGAUAUGUACAUGGAGUUUCUGGACCAGUGGUGACGGCUACUGCAAUGGCAGGAGCAGCCAUGUACGAGCUGGUUCGUGUAGGUCACAGUGAGCUGGUGGGAGAAAUCAUCCGUUUAGAGGGAGACAUGGCGACUAUCCAAGUCUACGAGGAGACAUCUGGUGUGUCUGUCGGUGACCCUGUCCUUCGAACGGGAAAACCCCUGUCUGUAGAGCUGGGACCAGGAAUCAUGGGCUCCAUCUUUGACGGUAUCCAGCGUCCACUAAAAGACAUCAAUGACCUCACUCAAAGCAUCUAUAUCCCAAGAGGAGUAAACAUCGGUGCUCUUAACAGAGACCUCAAAUGGGAAUUUUCUCCCGGCCAGAGUCUUCGGGUCGGCAGUCACGUGACAGGUGGCGAUAUCUACGGCAUGGUGUUUGAAAACUCCUUAAUAAAGCACAAGCUGAUGCUUCCACCUCGCAACAGAGGCACUGUCACCUACCUAGCCCAACCUGGAAACUACGACAUUUCUGAUGUGGUUCUGGAGCUUGAAUUUGAAGGCGUGAAGGAGAAGUUCACCAUGAUGCAGGUGUGGCCGGUACGACAAAUCCGCCCCGUCACAGAGAAGCUGCCUGCUAAUCAUCCGCUGCUGACCGGUCAGAGAGUUCUGGACGCACUUUUCCCUUGUGUGCAGGGCGGCACCACUGCUAUACCCGGCGCAUUUGGAUGUGGAAAGACGGUGAUCUCGCAGUCGUUGUCCAAGUACUCCAACAGUGACGUCAUUGUCUACGUUGGAUGCGGAGAGCGUGGAAAUGAAAUGUCUGAAGUGCUGCGGGAUUUCCCUGAGCUUACUAUGGAGGUCGAUGGCAAGACUGAGAGCAUCAUGAAGAGAACAGCGCUGGUUGCUAAUACAUCCAACAUGCCUGUGGCUGCCAGAGAGGCCUCAAUUUAUACAGGGAUCACACUGUCUGAAUACUUCAGAGAUAUGGGCUAUCAUGUGAGCAUGAUGGCCGACUCGACGUCUCGAUGGGCCGAAGCUCUGAGAGAAAUCUCUGGAAGAUUAGCUGAAAUGCCUGCUGACAGUGGAUAUCCUGCUUACCUGGGUGCCAGGCUCGCCUCCUUCUAUGAGCGCGCUGGCCGUGUGAAGUGCCUGGGAAAUCCAGAGCGAGAAGGCAGCGUCAGCAUCGUAGGAGCUGUGUCGCCCCCUGGUGGAGAUUUCUCAGACCCCGUCACUUCAGCCACAUUGGGCAUUGUUCAGGUGUUCUGGGGAUUGGACAAGAAGCUGGCUCAGAGGAAGCACUUCCCUUCAGUAAACUGGCUCAUUAGCUACAGCAAGUACACACGAGCUCUGGAUGAAUAUUAUGACAAACAUUUCCCCGAGUUCGUUCCUCUCCGUACAAAAGCAAAGGAGAUUCUACAGGAGGAGGAGGACUUGGCUGAAAUCGUGCAGCUUGUAGGCAAGGCUUCUCUUGCUGAAUCGGACAAGAUCACUCUAGAAGUCGCAAAGCUCAUUAAGGACGACUUCCUGCAGCAGAACGGUUACACCCCCUACGACAGGUUCUGUCCCUUCUACAAAACUGUUGGCAUCCUCUCGAACAUGAUCUCUUUUUACGACAUGGCCCGACACGCGGUGGAGACCACAGCACAGAGUGACAACAAAAUCACCUGGGCCAUAAUCAAGGAGAACAUGGGAGAGAUCCUGUACAAAAUGAGCUCCAUGAAGUUCAAGGACCCUGUGAAGGAUGGCGAAGCUAAGAUUAAAGCAGAAUUCGCCCAGCUGGUGGAGGACAUGCAGAACGCCUUCCGGACCCUGGAGGAAUGAGUUUCCUACCUCUCACUUCCUCUCCCACAUAUCCAAACCCCAGUGCAGUGCAACAUAG